ACCUUUUCUCCCCAACCAGGAUCCAUCUGUUGCAGGAGCUUAGUCUCAGUCCAUUCGUUAGUGCUGAGGUUCCCAAACAAGCUAGCCCAAGAAGCAAUUAUAUUAUUUCUGGGGCCGAGAAUUCUCCUGUUUCCACAUCCCAGCCUAAUGUGAGUUCUUCCCGCAAAGGACUGAGAAGGUACAGCCAAGAAUACAAUCAAAGAGAAGGACAACCUGUAAUCUUAACUUUCCCUUUGUACUUCAGACAACCACGAUCAGCAUCAAGGCAGCAGGAAAAAAAACAACUGCCAGUGCAGAGAGCAGGCAGACACCUGU